GGGGCGCCACAUGAAAAACCUCACAUUUCUAAUCAAGAUGGCGGCGGACGAUGCGGCUGCGAGUCUUCAAAAUUACCAAAUUCAACUUCAACAGGUUGAAGCCGCUCUCACAAAUGAUCCGGACGAUAAAGACCUGCUCAAGCUAAAAGAGGAUCUUUUGGAAGUGAUCAGCUUGACGCUCAACUUGAUUAGCAGCAGCGGUGCGGACACAGCUUCAUCAUCACCUCCGGGUAAAUCGGAUUAUGCAGGGAGUCAGAAGCACGCUGCCGCCGAGUCGUCGUCGACGCAGGACGCCGACAACGUUGGCUGGUUUCCUGGCGACAAGUGUCUCGCGCUAUGGAAAGACGGACAGUACUACGAUGCCACGAUCGAGGACAUCAUCGGAGAGGGCCAGGCAACAGUCACAUUUACCGCUUAUGGCAACACCAUCGUCAGUAAGUUAUCCCAGCUGAAGGCUCACAGCAACAAGCGUUCCAUGAACAAUGUCAUUGAAGGUGGACCAAAAACCAAAAAGCAGCUCCUCCUAGCCGAGAGAGAGUACAAGAAGAAAAAAGCCCAGAAGAAAGCGGUGCGUCAAAAGCAGAUGGAAGAGGAGCGCGAGAAGGAAAAGAACAAGUGGCAAGAGUUCAACACAAAGGCCUUCAAUAAGAACAAGAAGGGCCAAGUGAAGAAGAGCAUCUUUGCGUCACCAGACAAUGUCAACGGGCGCGUCGGAGUGGGCACGUGCGGCAUUGGGGGCCGUCCCAUGACCGAGUUCCAUCACCAGGAGAAGUGGCGCAAGCAGCAGCAGGCGGGAGCGGCCGGAGCGCAGGGAGCCAUGGGACCGCCACCGGGCAUGUUGGGCAUGAUGCCGCCAAACUUCGCAGCCAUGGGGUUCCCCAUGGGUUUUCCUCCCCCACCCCCUCCGCCACCACCCUCCAUCUUCUGAGCAGCGUUCUGCGUCAAAGUCGUGGUACAGACACUGUUACGCAGCCUCGCAGCUGCAGCAAGCAAGUGCCAGCUCGGUGUCGUGCAUACGCAACAAACACUCAUCGAUGCCAUUGUUGUUCUGGUGGCGAACGAGUAAAACCAAACUCUGACGUUCCAGGACGCGAGAUGUUUGCAAUGUUCCUCCUUCGUUUUUGACAGUCCGGUGGAGAAACAAGUUUGACAAACUUUUGAAAAGGCUUUAAGUAUAAACCGCGUGUAAGCGAUUUGGCGAGUGACGAGACAAGCGACGGCGACCCACUUCGCUCUCGCACGACGAGGCAAACCGCUUGAAAGUGGCGAGAGCAAGCUAUUGAGGCGACGUUUUCUAGAAAUCCAAAAAACCGAGCGACGCUACAAGUGACAGUGAGAAAUCUUCGUUGCUGACUCUCGUUGCUGUCACUCGCUGAAUCGCUUACAUGCAGUUUUAAGCCCUUAGUCUUUGUGUGACAACAUUUGUGGUUGGGCAAGUUUGACAUUGCCAAAGGCAGUGUGUUACUAGAGAUUGGGGUGCAGGCUUGGAAGGAGUGGAAAAACAGGUAUGACAAUAACUUUCAAAAACUUCGACCCUUAUCUGGUUUCAUCUACAAUCAAGUCAGAUGGCUCAAUCAAAACUGAACUAAUAAAUCCUAAUGUUGUUUGAAACUUUACUGAAAUGUGAUUCCAUAUGGCUGUCCGCUAUUUUUGAAAAAAUGCUUUAUGAAGCCUCUGCUUUCGGAUGGAAAAGUGUGUUGAAACACUAUCAGGCUGGUAUUGCAAAUUUCAGAACUGACUGAGUGAAACUGACGAUUGGGCUGAGGCUGGAACAGUAGUUACGUCAACAAGAGGAGCCUUGUUUUGGGCGAACAGCCUGACAGCAAGUAGUGUUGAUCAUAGUCUUUUUUUUUUUUUUCCCCUCUGUUGUGUUGGAGGUGUUUUCAGGGUGGAGGGAAGUUACCGCCAGCCUCCCUAGAGCAUGCAGUUUGAGUGUUUGAGAAAGUUGAUUGAAUUUUGUUGAGCUAUCAUUCACCUUGCUUGUGCUAAGACUUCUGUACAGUUAUAUUCAUUUGUGAAAUAAAUAAACAACAUUGUAAACCUUA